AUGUGGAAGCCGCAGUUACGAUACUUGCUUAGUAGCAGCAGGGAUGGCAGUAUUGCCCUGUACGACCUCGAAGCUGACGCCUGUUGGAACUUGAAUGGAGGCUUUGGGCCUGAGCCAAAGGCUUACCCUAUAGGUUACGUGCAGAGAAGACCUGAUAGACCUCCCAAACGCAACUUGCUUCCCUUGCGCUUCCAGCCGGCAGUUGUACGAGGAAUCGUGAGGAGGCAGACAAUACGGAAUGACGCAGGAAGCAUUGCGACAUCAAGUGAGGACUUCUCAAGCUCAAAGAGGGCUCAAGCAGGCCAUUCAAGAUCGGUCACAAGUGUCGAGUUCAUGCCGGGAGACAAUGGACUGUUUGUUUCUACUGGAUUGGACAAGCUUCUGAAGAUAUGGGAUACACAGGCGUGGGAAUGCGUUCGUGACAUCGCUGUCGAGAGUCCCAUUCUCUGUUGUGCUUUCGACCGAGUUGGACUCCAGUCAAAGACCGCAUUUAUCUCCGGGGCACGCUUGUCAAUGGGCCCUGUGGAGCAUUCUUCAGACCACCACCCCGCACAUCUUGCACUUGCCGCAGGCUGUCAGGAUGGGAGUGUUCGUAUAUUUGACAUGAGGUGCGGAAUUGCCCAACAGACGCUGCUGGGACACAAAGGCGCGGUGCUAUCCGUCUCCUGGGAUAUGCUUACUCCAUACCAACUGUUUUCAGGUUCUUUUGACAAGUCUAUUAGGAAGUGGGAUAUUCGGCGAAGUGAUGCCUGUGUCGUGAUAUUUGACAAGGGCAAACCAGAUCUCGAUUUCUUCCGCAAUCGAUGCUCACAGUCAGCAGCUUUUCGCCAGUUACUCUAUACCUACGAUGUUGUGGGUGGAAGCUGUUCUUCUUCGCUAUCCUUGCCUCAUGAAACUCCGAAACCUCCGCCAUUCAUGCGAUUUGGUCACAGUGAUGUUAAAGAUCGGGUAGCUGCGUUGGACGUCGUGUCGCAGUCAGCUGCCGAUGCAGCUUUCACCCAAGAACCUUUCUUUUCCAUACUGAAUUCGUCAUCUGUAGGUUCAGCCUUCUCCAUGGUUACUUCAGGGACUCGUCACAACAAAACCCCCAGUCUCCAGAUUCCGAACUUUCCAAAGAAACGUACUCGAUAUUUGGCCGAUGCGACGAUAAGUUUGGGUGGUGAAGUAAAGAGAACAAGGCUAGAUGAACAAAGGCAGCAACAGUGUACCCAGUCAUCCAACGAAACCACGCCACUGCGUGGUCCUUUGAGUGGCCAACAUCCGGACUUCUUGACUCCACAAUAUCAGCAAUCCUUAGAGGUUAUGGGAUGUGGCAUGCAAGUACGGGGGACCGGAAUUCCGGCAGCAGCGCUGGAGAGUGACAUCUGUGGCGAUGAGCCCGUAUCCGGUUUGAGUAGCGUCGGACACAUGGCGUGUGAUGAAGCCCCUAAUACCCGUGCUGGUUUACAGAAGCACAUUUUGCGAACAAGUGAUAACAUAGGUAACACGAACUCAAAAAGAUGGCUUCAUUCGGCCUCCACAAUUCCGUCACCCAAAUCUCGGCUGUCCAAUUCCGCACCCCGAAUCCAUGUGCAUUCAGAAAGCCGCAGUUUUUCUCCUCAAGUCCCAAUAUUGCAGGAGCGCGCCGAUGCAACGCCCAUACAAAAACAACAGCGUAAUAGGCGUGGAGAAGCAUGGAAGACCCGUCAGGGGGUUUGCAACCCUGACUCAGAGAGCCAGCCUUAUUCAGGAGGAAAUUGUGCACUGAAUACCAGGGAGGCGCGGCACGCUGUAGGCAACCCGGCGUAUCUACCCGAUCUUUUGUGUUUUGAAAGGAACAAACACGGCAUAUUUGGCGCGAGUGGCGUGUCAUGCAGCGACGGCCAGUCCGUGAGUGCUGCCUCUACACAAGGCCAACUGCUUUGCGGCUUUGGAAGGCCGCAGAGAAGUGCAUCUACAUUCCGAGAAGACACCUUGGGACUCCUCAGUGGACUUGACGACAGACGGACAGAUUUAGAAUUCCCUUUUCAGAGAGAUGGCUGCACAGUGAGCAGAGUCCAGUGCCACAGCGUGCGGUCCGAGGUCAGCGCGCACGAAGGAGCAGUAACGGGUCUCGUGCCAAGCCCAGAUGGCCUUUACCUUGUUUCAUCCGGAAGCGAUGGGCUCAUAAGAUUGUGGAAUGCCGUUAGUGGCAACCACUGCUUUGUUCAUAUGAUUAUGAGCAUCCCUCGUGAAAACCCUGUCCAUACGUCAGCACAAGAACCUGGCCGUAGCCGAAUGUCCCAUACUUCAGCAAAGAUAGAGAAGAGAAUGACAACCAACAGAACUGAUUCAAUAUGGGGGGUUCAAGCGGCUAUUUCAAAAAACGGCGAGUACCUUAUCCACGGGAGGGGCCGGGUGCUUUGCACCUUCGACAUUAUGUCAGGAGCAGAGCUGCAGAUAACUGCGCCAGGCCAUACGGAUGAUAUCGUUUGCGUCACCUGGAAUGAAGAGAAGAACGAAGCAUAUUCUGGCGCAUUGGAUGGUAGUGUUCUAAUCUAUGACGCCAUGUGCGGUUACACGAGCGAAGACGUAGAGGACGUUGAAGAAGCCCGCGUGGUGAAUGUUACGCCGUUGGAAGCUUUGUGA